AUGACUCUGUGGAACGGCGUGCUGCCUUUUUACCCCCAGCCCCGACAUGCCGCGGGCUUCAGUGUCCCGCUACUUAUCGUCAUUCUGGUGUUCUUGGCCUUGGCCGCCAGCUUCCUGCUCAUCUUGCCCGGGAUCCGUGGCCACGCGCGCUGGUUCUGGUUGGUGAGAGUUCUACUUAGUCUGUUCAUAGGCGCAGAAAUUGUGGCCGUGCACUUCAGCGCAGAAUGGUUCGUGGGUAGAGUGAACACCAGCACAUCCUACAAAGCGUUCAGUGCAGCGCGCAUUCGAGCCCACGUCGGUCUGCACGUUGGCCUGGAAGGCAUUAAUAUUACACUCAGAGGGACCCCAGUGCACCAGCUGAACGAGACCAUUGACUACAACGAGCAGUUCACCUGGCGUCUGGACGAGGACUACGCCGCAGAGUACGCACGUGCACUGGAGAAAGGACUGCCGGACCCAGUACUCUACCUGGCCGAGAAAUUCACACCCAGCAGCCCUUGCGGGCUGUACCAACAGUACCACCUGGCUGGACACUACGCCUCAGCCACGCUGUGGGUGGCAUUCUGCUUCUGGCUGCUCUCCAACGCGCUGCUGUCCAUGCCGGCCCCGCUGUACGGGGGCCUGGCGCUCCUGACCACCGGCGCCUUCGCGCUCUUCGCUGUCUUCGCCUUCGCCUCUGUCUCCAGCGUGCCGUUCUGCCGGUUCCGCCUCGGCUCCUCUGCGCUCACCGCUCACUACGGCGCCGCCUUUUGGGUCACGCUGGCGACUGGCAUCCUAUGCCUCCUCCUCGGAGGGGCCGUGGUGAGUCUCCACUACGCUCGGCCCAGCGCUCUUCGCAUCUUUCUGUACCGAAGAGUCAAGAACCGCAGUAGGAAGGCGAGAGGGGCCUCGCCUUUCGUCCUCGACAACCCGCUGCACAGGCAGUGCGGGGCACCACACUUAAAGCUCUCCACUAACAUAUGA